AUUUCAUCCUUCGGCCUGGGAAUUCAGUCGCCUUUAAGUAUUCCUUCAGCAACCAUGGCAGACGCCUCCAAGAUUCAGGAUCUGCUCAAUAAACCGCGAAAUGAGUUGACGGAGUACGAAGUUUCCCUUCUCGAGGCUCACGAGCUCUCCACUGGCCCUCUGUCAAUUCUCAUGACCGCUACCCGAACACAUACACAAGUCCUAAUAUCAUGCCGGAACAAUCGAAAACUCCUCGCGCGCGUCAAAGCGUUUGACCGACACUGCAACAUGGUUUUAGAGAACGUCAAGGAAAUGUGGACGGAGAAAGGCAAGGCCGGAUCCAAGGGAGUCAACAAGGACAGGUUCAUCAGUAAAAUGUUCCUUCGGGGUGAUAGUGUCAUCCUGGUUUUGUUGAGUUGAAGUAUUUCAUGACCACCAGAAAAAAUAAAACAUGCAAUUUUUACAAUGGGAUCCAGGCGCAUGCAUGGGUGCGGCGAUUUCAAACUCGGCAGCGGUGAGGGUUUUGGGCUUCCAUACGGGCAUAAGCCGGGACGAGAUGAUUGGGAGCAUUUGCUUGGGGGAAGCGCCGUAGACAAAAACAAGUGGGCAAAAGAAGACAAGGAGUGAUACCCUACAAAAUCUGAUUAAGUGCACAAAAGGCUGACUGUUGCCUAAUCUGAGCUGAUUAUUCAUGAAGCAUCUGCCAAUCCCACCAACAUCUCUGACAAUCCCCAGGCGCCAGGGUCGGGGAUCUUGCCCAUCCACUCGCUUUCUCCGCCAACAUAUACGGCUCGCCCUAAGCUUGCCUUCAUGGUCUUGGUCUUCUCGGCGCCUUCCCUUGCUACCUGGGCUGCCUUCUUGACAUCACCGGUGCUCGCUAACGUAUCCACGAAAGGCACCAGGGCAUCCAUAACAGUCCUAUCCCCAGGCACGGCAGGUGUGUAUUUGCCGAGUGCUGUCAGUGCAGACUUGAGGGCCGCGGCCCAUGUCUUCGCAUCCAUUUGUUUUGUUGAGCCUGAAUCUUGCUCCCGAAGGCCAUGAACCAAGGCAUUCAGGUAAAUCGAAAAUAGCGCUCCACUCGUGCCGUCCAUGUGGUGUUCGACCACGGGCACAAUCUUAUUGACAAACGAGACUGCAUCGCUAGGCAGUUCCCCUGAUGAGAGCGCCGUCAAGACUUCUUCGGCUCCUCGUUUCAGACCAGUGCCGCAGUCUCCAUCACCCACGAUCUGCAAAGCGUCAGAGUCAUUUCACUCAGUUCGACGAAGGAACGAAGUCAGGUUAUCUCAAGGAGGAAGUACUCACAGUAUCGAACCGGGUGACUUCUGGCUCAGCAGCGAUCAUUUUGUCAAGGCCUGCUUUCAGUACGGACAAGGUGCGCUUAGGGUCAAUCGACAAAUUACUGGCUUUGAGAUCUCUGGAGCUGUCCGCUUCGUGUUCCAUCGUGGAAUCGUUCUUCGCAUUCCAUGUCUCGGUGUUGAUGGGUGCGGACCAGCCCAGAGCCUCUGCUGGUGCAUCGAGCAAUUCGAGCAU